CGUGCGGCGAGGACGUGCGGUGAGGACGCGCGGCGGCGUCCAUCGGGAGCGUGCGGCGAGGACGCGCGGCGGCGGCGUCCAUCGGGAGCGUGCGGUGAGGCCGCGCGGCGGCGGCGUCCAUCGGGAGCGUGCGGUGAGGACGCGCGGCGCCGGCUGUGGUGAACGAGUGGCGGUGACGAUGCGUCGGCCUCAAGGAUGGAGACUCUGAAAGUGAAGGACCGGAUUCUGGAGAACAUCUCGCUGUCGGUGAAGCAGCUCCAGGGUUACUUUGCUGCCUGUGAAGAUGAAACGCCAGCAAUUCGAAACCAUGACAAGGUUCUACAAAGGCUGUGUGAACACCUGGACCAUGCCCUGCUCUAUGGUUUGCAGGAUAUUUCCUCUGGAUAUUGGGUGUUGGUUGUGCACUUUACACGCAGUGAAGCAGUGAAUCAGAUUGAGGUGUUGCGGCAUGUUGCCACAAAUCUCGGUCGUAGUCGAGCCUGGCUGUAUCUCGCAUUAAAUGAGAAUUCAUUAGAGAGCUAUUUAAGGUUAUUCUGGGAAAAUCAGACCCUGCUUCAUAAGUAUUACUUCAAGAAUGCCCUUGUCUGUAGUCAUGAUCACCUGACCCUCUUUCUCACACUUGUUUCUGGUCUGGAAUUCAUCCGAUUUGAGUUGGAGCUGGAUGUUCCCUACCUUGACCUGGCGCCAUACAUGCCUGAGUAUUAUAAGCCACAGCACUUGCUAGACUUUGAAGACCGUUUGCCCAAUUCUGUGCAUGGCUCUGACAGCCUCUCACUCAAUUCGUACAACUCUGUCACCUCCACUAAUCUAGAAUGGGAUGAUAGUGCCAUCGCACCCUCCAGUGAAGUGCGUUGGAGGGACAGCAAUCUAACAGGGCCACUCGCAGAUUAUGAUUUUGGAGAUGUAUUUUCUGCAGCACAGUCCAUACCCAGCACUGACUGGGAAGAGGGUGAAUUGACGGACACGGUCAGCAGCUGCCCUCGAUCUGGAACCUCAGAGAGUCUGCCAUUGAACAACAAGCUGAACACAAGGAGCCCAACCCUGCGCUAUAAUCCUUUUAAUAGUGAGAAAACAGAAUCUCCACAUACACCAGAAAAUAAUGCGGUGCGAAGCACUGAAUCCAAGGGAGAGGAGAACACAUCAGAUAUCCAGGAUACCACUGAAAAUACCACAGAACUUGAAGUAAUCAGAUUGGCAAAGAAGAAGAGAACACCUAAAAAAAAGAGAGCCAAAUCUGAGGAACAAAUACUUGAUGAUAAAAUUGAAGAAAUACAGCAGUCAAAGGAAGAAGAUGCAAAGAUUGAGGAAAACUGUGAUUUGGAAACACAAGGAGAACAAAGCACAAAAUUGGAUGUGCAGAAAUCAACUGGGAUUCCUGGUACUGAGGAGGACACUAACCCUGAGGAUGUGGUGUUACGAGUGACUCGACGAGAGUCUGAUGCAGAUGCUGCCCAGCCAGGUUUGCAGAUACCACAGAUGAAGGACACGUCCAUGAGCAGCGUAGGGCAUCCUUUGAGCAAAGUAAUGGAGCAGCUUAAUGAAACAACUGAUGCCAACACUUGGAUGUCAGAUGGUAGUCACCCUGAGCAGCCCUUUCGGACUUGUGUCCCGGGGAAAGCCCCGGAUGAACCUCCACAUAGCGAGUAUAGUGAGCGGAUGCCACCUGCCAUGGAGUUCUACAGGUUUACCCUCGAGAGUCCAGGCGCUAGUGCAACAGGUAGCUGCAACUAUGACCUUGCAGGGGAUGGCCAACCAGAGAAUGUUUUUAGUAGCCAUGAAACUGUUGGCACAGAAACGUGCAAAGAAGUCUUCCCUGGCACUGUAGUGGCACAGGGGAUCACAGAAGAAGCUGAUGCCCCAACAAGUCAACAAACAGAAAAUGCAGAGGCUGUUACAGGACCUGAUAACCAGUCUGACAAUAUAAAUGCCAAUAUGGGUGAGACUGAUCUGGAACAGUUGGAAAUUCAGACCUUGGCUCCUGAAGAUGCAGUGGAGGAUGAGGCAGCUCAAAAUAGUCCCUCAGAACUAACCCAUCCAGCAGACUUCAGGGUGGACAAUAAUCUGUUGCUUCUGCUGAUGAUUCAUGUUUUCAGGGAGAAUGAAGAGCAGCUCUAUAAGAUGAUGCAGAUGUGGACAGGUCACAUGGAGGGGAACCUACAGUUGCUAUAUGUUCUGCUGACGGAUUGUUAUAUCUACCUGCUGAGAAAAGGAGCUGCAGAUAAGCCCUAUGCAGUGGAGGAAGCAGUGUCCUACAAUGAACUUGACUAUGUUUCGGUGGGGCUUGGCCAACAGACAGUUCAGCUUGUUUGCACCAAUCGUCGGAGACAGUUCCUGCUUGACACAGCAGAUGAAUCUUUAACUGAGUUUUUCCUUACUGCUUUACGAUCUGCUAUGAUUAAGGGCUGCAGAGAGCCCCCAUAUCCCAGUAUCCUUAUGGAUGCCACCAUGCAGAAACUGGCGCUGACCAAAUUUGUAGCCCAAGAAUCAAGAUGCGAGGUGUCUGACGUCACCAUCCACCUCUACAGUUUGAUUCACUGGGAAGAUCCCAUGGAUGUAACAGCAGGGCCCCAGAAGAACCUCUACAUGACUAUUGCAAAUGCAGUUACAAAAGAAGGAAUUCUACAUUACAAGGCUGGGACCAGCUACCUGGGCUCCCCUAUCUGGAAGCCCUCUUAUGUGGUGCUCAGCAAUGGCAUCCUCUAUCAGUAUCCAGACAGGAUAGAUGUAAUGCCACUCAUGUCAGUAAACUUGGCUGGAGAACAGUGUGGAGGGUGCCGAAGAUCCAGCACUACGGAACGCCCCCACACAUUCCAAGUGAUUCUGACAGAGCGGCUGGCUUUGGAACUCAGUGCUGAGAAUGAGGAGGAGAUGGCCGACUGGAUGCAACACCUCUGCCAAGCAGUGUCCAAAGGGAUCGUACCCCAAGGUGUUGUACCCUCUCCAUGCAUCCCAUGCUGCCUUGUUGUGACAGAUAGAAUGGUCCUUACAUGUCAUGAAGACUCUCAGACCAGCUUCUUCCGAUUAUUGGGCAGCACCGAGCUCACGAGUGUUAGUAGUGUCUCCAUUGCCCCCAGCAGGGAAUACUGUCUGAUGGAACUGUCUGAAGGUCAGAAAACUCUUCCCUGGUUCCUGUACUUUAGUUGUAUUGAGGAGUUGCAGCGUUUUCUAGCUGCAUUGAAGGGUGCUUGGAGGAAGAUCUACAAGGUUGAUCUGCCUCAGAAGCCACUUCAGGACCCUUCCAUUCGGAACAAAUGCGAUGAUGCUGUCACACUUAUUCGUACCACUUGGCAGCGAAGCGACAGUUUAUCUCGAGGUCGUGGUGAGCGUGAUCCAUGGUGUUGAAAGCAUUGAUGCCUGACACACGGUACAAGAAUGCUGCCUCUCUGGAUAUUGCAUGCAACACAAUGCACAAUGUUAGUGCAUUUGAUGACAGUACAUGAGAAUGUAAAGGAAAUGAAACCAGUCCAAAUAUACAAGGAAAAACAGUCUUUGAAGAAAACCCACCUAUGGGUUUUAGAGAAUACCUCCACAAUGUAAAUAAUUGGAUAAGGCUGAGGGAAUGAAAACCUGCCCACUGAGCUGGGUAACAGGUGUGACACUCGUACAUCUUGAUUAUUUUCGCUCCUCCACUGCAACAUAUUCAAUGAAUAUCCCAUCUCUUAAAACUUGUGUUCUCGCCACAUGAGUGUCUGCUGUUGUAAGAGAUUUUAUGAAGAGGCUUUCGAACAAAAUUUUCUUUCCUGCUGAGAAAAGUGAAAAGACCUAAGACUGAGGGAGCACAGGGGAAAAAAAAAAGUACUACUUUUUUGAGGAAGGACACAUCUGUGCUUCUAAUAUGGUACGACGUGACUUGGUCAAUAUCCUUGCAUAUCAGGCUCUCUGUACCAGCUUUGACCUCUAGUUGUCAAAAGUCUCGUCUGCAGGUUCUGGUUUCUUGGGAAGCAAUUGUGAUCCUGAAGAAUUGAUCUAAAAGAACUGAGUAUCGUUAUCUGAUGCAUGAGAACUGCAUGAAGAAAUUUUGAAAAUAAUUUUUAUGGACAGACUUUUAUUCAUAUAGGUAUAUUUAGAUUUGACUGCACAUCAGCCACUUUUCUAUGGCACUUGUUAAUGUUUAACCUAUAAAUAAGUUUGGGUUAUGAAUAACCCUAAAGUCAAUGUCUAUGGUGGCUCCAUUGUGAUUCCCUUCCCACUAACCUGGAGAAACUUGCAUAAGAGAUUUUGCAAUAAUGGGAAUCCUGAGGACUAUAAGUCCUGCCUUCGUACCUGGUGAAGUAACCACAGUGCACCCUCCCCUUCAAACUGCAGGGUGUAACUCCCAAUGAUGCAGUUUAAAUGCAAAUCUACAAUGAGAUAUUGGAUAGACCAUAGCAGGUUUGUUACUGGGUAACAUCAGGCUUGGACUGAAAGCCUUUUUCUUUGCUCAGUCACUUGAAAAGAGCUGGAUUUUCCCAUUUAUGGAAAAUGUAUGUAAGAAAUUAAGCAGGCUAAGGCUGCUAAUGACAAAGCAAAACAUGUAGAUGCUGGAAAUCUGAAAUAAUAAAAAUAAAAUGCUGGAAAUACUCAGCAGGUCAAACGACAUCGGUGGAGAGAGAAACAAAAUUAAUGUUUCGGGUCAAUGACCUUUCAUCAAACUGAAAUGUUAACUCUGUUUCUCUAUCCACAUGCUGCCUGACUUGCGGAAUAUUUCCAGUAUUUUCUAUUUUUAUUUAAGGAUUGAUAAUCUGUAACUUGAGGUAGGUGCUGUAAUUCAUUAGCUGCUUGUGAAUUGAAAAAGUUCCUUCCAGCAGUGUCUUGAGUUUUUCCAAAUGGUUUAGUCAACUGAAGUUGUAUUUCCAAGCUGGAAGCGGCUAUGCUGUUGACAGUGUACAAUGUGCAAUUACGUGACUGUCUACACUACUCUGUUCAAGAAUUUCCGGUGUCUCUCUCUUCCAGGUUAGUAAUGUUUAGAGCAGCAUGUCUGAAAGGCAGAUUGAUGGUUUCAUGGAUGGAUGUGACAAGUGGGGCCACAUUAAGCUAUACAAAUCAGGGGGCCCAUAUUCAACGGCAGUUCUAGCAAGCCUUAAUAAUACUGAAAACUCUUAGCCAGUAAUUAUCUAUGUGGUGUAAACAUAUAAAGUUCUCAUUUUACUACUGACUGUCUCCAGCAUAUGCUGCAAAUGCACUCGAACAUUCAUUGCAUGUCCCCACCUGGUGGCAGAAGGUCAAUGUUGCAUUAACUUUUUGUCGUCUACUUCCUCUUCAGGUCACCUGAAGUCACAGCCCAACAAGGAAUGGGCAGAGAUUCUAUUGUUUUAUAAAUCCUUGUAUUUUUCAAUUCCAUUAUUGUAGAGAAAUGAUUUGCAGUCUAUAAGGUUUAGGUGGUUGUAAAUAAGAGUAAUUUUUGCAUUGUAAUGAAAAUCCAUCUCUAGAUGUGUACAAGCAUAUUAAUCAUGUGCAGCCUAUCAGAGGUGCACACCUGCUCUGUAGUUGAAGAUUGUAUUCCAAUUCCCUUAUGAUAACAGGUGGAAAAUAUACUGCAGUGUAUGAGGUUGACCAGGUAGUCGGCUAUUGAAGGGUUGUUGAUACCUGUACAAACAGAACCCACGCUGAGUCAGGCUUCCACUGAAUCAGUAUCCCAGCAAAACCUAAUGCCUUUGAAACCCACUCCUCGUCAAGAAUCAGAAUUUCUUGAAGUGUACACCUUACUAAGAGCCAGUGCCUGUGGAAACUGGACCCAGAGUUGGUGCCUUUGGAGAAUCUGUAUCUUAGUACAACUCAGUGUCUUUGGGCUAAGAAAAUUAGUAGAAAAUUGAUUUUUGUUUUCAUAUUGCUAGUCCCUCAUCAUGUCUGUUCACUCCACUUCCCCCUUCCAAAUGUGUAAGUAAAGUAUUAGUGACAUCUCUCUGACGAUAUUUGAGAAAAAUCUAACUCUUGUAAUAUUUAUAGCCAAACAACUUAAACCUGAUAAUUGAUCUAUGGAAAGGUCAUCUGAUCAGCUGUGGUCAAAAGCAAAGGCUGAUCCACCUUAAAAGUGCAGAGUUGUGGUAAGGCAGGAAUAGUGAGACAGGUUUACAUAUGAAAUAAAGUGUGUUACAAUAACUUCGAUUCUGGCAGGGCAGAAUAUAGAAGUGUAUGGCUGGUUGAUGUUUACAGUGCAAAGGUUAACAUCAUUCUUCCUCAUUGCUAAACUGGAUCAAACUGCAUACUUUCACCCACCUUCAGACAUGAUGAGCAAAUAUCUGUCCUAUCAAGGCAGGUUUUUGAACUGUUGUUUGCCUGUGUAGAUGGUUGUUCCUCGUAUGCCAAGUUUAAAAGGUAAUGUAGUAACAAUAUAUAUGCCAACUAAUUACUAAAUGUCACAGGUCAACAAAUGUGAUAAACACAAUAAAAUCACUGAAAAUAUAAGCAAAAAAAAAGUCAACAAAUUCCUCAAAUCAGGUAGUUAAUAUCCUUUUGAGUUCACCAACAUUGGAAGUAUGGAAGGGCUGCAGACUCUUCAGCUACAUGUUAACACUACAAGUCUCAAAGGUUGCAAGAACAGAAGUAUUCCAGCACCUCUGAGCAAUGAAUCUAAGAGUGCUUCAUUAUGUAUAUAUUUUUUUAAAAAUCACUUAAGCCUUGUUGGGGGCAGCUGUAUAUUAUACCACCUCCCUGUAACCCCGAAUGUUACAUUCAGAAACUGCAAGGAUGGGUUGAGACUAAAAACGUGACCCACACCAAUAAAUGAUGUCUUCCGUGAAUAUUGUAUCUGUCAGCAGAACAGCUAAAAUGCUGGCUCUACAAAAUUCUUAUGAGUUGUUAGUACAUUUCACAAACAAUGGGAGCUUGAGUAGGUUGCCAGAGUUUAUUUUCAGCUGUUCAGCUUCAUUGCUUAAUUUAAUUUCAUACUUGUCAAAGCAAGGAAGAUUAGUGAUCUGAAAUGGAAUACAGUAUUAAAGCAGGAUAUAAGCUUUUAUUGCAUGUGCCUGAAGUAAUUUGGAUGAUCUUCAGAUAAUGAUUUACUACAAUUUUGGCAAAACCCAGAACCUCUCAGGAAUUUUGUUGACCAAUGAGUCACAUUCUUAACUUGGAUGUAAAUUGGCAGAUGUGUAAAAUUUACUUCUGGUUUUACUCAGCUAUAAGAUGUUUUCUGAGAGCUAAGUGUCAGCAUAAUGCUGAGGAAAUGCUUUAUUGUCUUUUGGUUGAGAUGUUGAACCCUGACCCCACACUUCUUCUCAGGUGCAUGACACUUUUCUAAGGGAAGGGAGUUCUUGUGAACUAAGCAGUUAUUCUUAACCAGCAACAGCAGAAGAGUUUUUCUGGUCAUUUAUCUCACGGCAUUUUGUAGUACUUUGCUAUCUGAAAAUGUGUUCCUCUAUCUGGCUACAUUUCCAAAGUACUUAAUUUUCCUGAACAUUUUUGGGAUAUCCUGAGGCUAAGGGGAUAAAUCCAAUUUAUUUCUUCAUUCUUUGAGGAGAGGAGAAGGGAAAGAUCACCAGGCAAAAAUAGUUAAAGUGUAAGGACUUACAGUUUUAAAAAAAUACUUGUGUAAUAAGGCAGGAAGCUAAUACUCCAUUGCACACAUUUAUCUACAAUUAUCUUAUGAAAGUAAAAUAUAAUUGAAAAAGAGUGCUGAAGUAAUUUAGGUCCAAAAUGUGUUAGGCUCACCUAGUUGGGUUGGUUAUUCGUCUGGUGUUAGUUGCAUUCCCAUGGGGGUGAGGUUGAUCCAAUGAACAAAACUAAGUUCUAUAAUCUAGAUCACGUGGUCAUGAAGAGAGCAGUUUGUAUUCCGUACAUACCUGUACAAUCAUAUGUGUGUAAUGUGGUAUUUGAGAAUUUGUACUGUCCUUUCCUGGAUUCUUCAUUGUGUAAGAAUUUGUAAUGGUAGCUUAGUCUUUCACCAUGAAGUCUCACUGCAGCAUUGGGAUAUCCUUGUACAGCCUCUAAUCAUUUUGGUCAAAGUUUGGCCUGUUCUCUCAUGCACUGAUUAUUCCCCUUUGAGUGAAAUGUGUGAUCCAGUUAUCUUCUGAAUGGGAUUUUAUAUGCAUUUAGAUUUUCUUGACUCGGAUGUCAAUAACAGAUUCUAAAAGUAGAAAUAACAGCAUGAUUUAUGGUCCAUCAUGCACUUGUGGUUCUGUUAAAUAAAUUUGAUUAUCACUGCAUUGCAGGGUGGAGUUUCUUUUAAGACCAUGGGAAGAGGAAGGUAAAAUAGUAAUUCUGAAAUAUUUCCAAGUGCUUUUAAAAAGGGAUUUGUUAAUUUCCUGUUGUACAAAGUGACAGUGUCACCAUGUUUCUACAUGGUUCUGUUUUUGAUGCCAUUGGAUUGUUAAUUAAUGGUCCGUUGGCAGGAUACUUACUGAUUAUUCUUGGUAGCCCUCCCUCUUAACCGAGGUGCAUAGUUAGGUAGUUGAUUAGUCGAUAAUUCUUUAAUGCUAAUAUUGGGAAAAGGAGCUGUUCAGAAUCUGAGUUGAUCUCAGCCUGGCUUCUUAUUGCUGUAUAGCUAACAAAUUGUCCAGCUGUGCGAGACUUGAGGUGUACUGAAGUUAAAACUUCACAUCACCUGGAUAAUGGGUUCUUCACUGCAUUCUAUAGAAGAGAAAUACCUUCUACUGAGUGCUGUAUAGUCUGUUUACAGCAAAAUAAAACACUUGUUACUUUAUAGAAAAGUUACUCCAUAUUUAAUCAAACAAGCUAUAUAACUUGGGUACAGUCCAUUAUUUACAUUUGAAUUUUUUACAUACUCCUUUAAAUAAGUGGACAGAAGAUUGUGCAUUUACUGUAACUUUCAAUGUUGAGAGAUUUUUCUGAUUUGGCUACAUGGUGUGAGAAUUUAUAGCUAAUAAGUUUCCUCAGGAUCUGUGCCCUCAGUCCCACUGUAAUUAUGGUAAAAUGUUAAAUAGUUGCAGUAUAGAAAUUGCUGGUUUGGGAAGAGUCAGAAACCAUUUAUUAAAAUCAGAAUCAAGACUGUUGAUUUGCCUUUGUAUAGAAAAUUGAAGUACAGUUUGCUAUUUAACCCAUAAAAGCACACAUACUAGACCUCAAUCUCAGAACUGAAAGCAAUAAUAAGUAAAUUAAGUUCAUUAACCAUAAUGCAAUCGUCCUCUUGAUGAAUUUGCUAAUUUCUUAUUUGAAUGGUUUUGAAAUAAUUUAGGCCUGCCUAUGGGACUAUUGAAAACAGAUAGCAAAAUCACCCAAAUUAUGUAAGCACUAUAAAUGUCCAGGUUGCCAAGUAGGCACAACCAGUUUCCAGUAUUAGGCAAACGGAGCUGGCUUGAAUCGGUAUUUCUUCCUUGUCAUGUUACUCAGUUGUAUUAAUGUUGGUGCAUAGUGAAGUUAAACUGAUUCUCUGAUAUUGAAUGUUACAACUCUUGCUGUUUAAUUAAAGGCAUAAAGUGAAGCUACAGGUUUUUAAGGAGAAAUAUCACUACUUGCACAGUGUCUUUUAACCAAUGUGUAUAUUUAAUGCUGUUGCAGCCUUCAUAAACCCCAGUAAUGAUGACGUUUAAUGAUGCAUGUUUUGUGUUUGAACCAUGUAAAUGCAGUGUUUAUUGUAUAUAAUUCAAUGUAAAUAGAAUGGAAUUAAUAAAAUGGUGUUCAUCUCAA